AUACAAAAGAAGAUAUAACAUUAUGGCAGGAAUUAAGAGCAAAAAGAACCGCAACGCCGAUCGUUUUAGUGGAGCAAAGGGCAAGAAAGAUCCCGGGAUUCCUAACUUAGCCAACUUCAAACAAAGAAAACAAAAUAAAGAAGAAGACAAUAAGAAAAAGAUUGCUAGUAACAAAGAACGUCAAGAUUUAGCCCGUCAGAACUUACAAAACAGAAAUAGAAACUUGAAUAUUUUUGAUAUGGUCAAGAAUGCUGAGAAACGAAAUCAAGCAUUUGAAGAAAGUCAUGAUGUAGACGAGGAUGGCAGAGUGAUUGUAGACGCAGCAGCUACUGGUCAAAAAGACAAUUCUAAGAAGGCUUAUUAUCGAGAAUUCAGAAAAGUUUUGGAAAAUGCAGAUGUUAUUUUGGAAGUGUUGGAUGCUCGUGAUCCUUUAGGUACUCGUACUCGAAGUGUAGAGCGUAUGGUGAUUGAUAGUGGCCUUGAUAAAAAGAUUAUUCUUGUAUUAAACAAAAUUGAUUUGGUGCCUAAAGAAAAUGUUGAACAAUGGCUCAAGUAUUUAAGAAACGAAUAUCCAGCUAUUGCAUUUAAAGCUUCUACUCAAAAUCAGCGUAAUAAUCUGAGUCAAUCCAAUGUGUCUACUGAUGCUGCUAGUAUCAACAUGUUGAAUUCUGCUGAAUGUUUGGGUGCAGAUACUCUUGUCAAGCUAUUGAAAAACUAUUCAAGAAACGCCAACCUUAAGACAUCCAUCACAGUGGGUAUUAUUGGUUAUCCUAAUGUAGGCAAAUCUUCAGUCAUCAAUUCCCUUAAGCGAUCCAAAGUGUGCGGUGUUGGCUCCACUCCUGGUUUUACAAAGGUUGCACAACAGAUCACAUUGGAUAAAAACAUCAAAUUGCUUGAUUGCCCUGGUAUUGUAUUUGCUCAACAAGGUCAAGAUGGUCAAAACACAGCUGAAAUUACUUUAAGAAAUUGUGUCAAGGUCGAAUUAUUAGAUGACCCAGUCACACCAGUUGAAGUGAUUGUUUCUAGAUGUACAACAGAACAAUUAAUGGCUAUGUAUGAAGUACCUUAUUUCAACAAUGCGCAUGAAUUUUUGGUCUUAUUGGCUCAACAGCGCGGUAAACUCAAAAAGGGUGGUGUUGCUGAUACAUAUCAAGUUGCUCGUCAUGUAUUACAAGACUGGAAUGGUGGAAAGAUUCCAUACUAUACCAUUCCUCCAUCUUCCAAGAAGAGUCAUAUCGAAGCUUCUGUUGUUAAUUCAUGGGGAAGAGAACUCGAUCUGGAUCUUGAGUCUGCUGACAUUGUUCUCACUGGACUAAAGACAAGCAAUGAAUUUGGCUCUAGUGUCGUUAUGCAAGCCAAUGAUGAUAUUGACAUGGUUCAAGAUAUUGAUAUGGGAAGGUAAGUUGAUAUACACUAAAUUUUAGCUGACAAAAUACAUAGCCAAAUGGAAACUUCAAUGGAUACUGAAGAUACAACAACUUCACAACCUAUUAUUCAAGUGGACAGAAUGUUGCAAAUGAAGAAAAAGAAUGCUAUCAAUAGACCUCAACAUAUUUUAUCACAAACAGAAGAAGAAAUCAACCCACAAUUGAACCAACAACUUAAAAAGCAAUUGAAAGCUCAACAAAAGAAAGUUAGAAGACAAGCAGAUGGUCAAGGUCAUAAUAACUUGUUUAAUGAAGAUGAUGAUAUGAUGUUCCAAACUGAAUUGACAGCUCCUUCUUCUACUGGAUUCAAUCCCAACUUAAUAUCCGCUCCAAUGAUUGAUGAGGAUGAAGAGUUAUAAAUUUCAUUCGUUCAGGUUCAUAUAUUUAUGCAAAUUAAGCAUUUACAUGGGAAUUAUUAUAAAAUAAAUCAGCCAAUUCUUUUUUUUUUU